GGUUACUUUAUUGACAAUUAGUAUCAACAGUGAAAAGUGUCAACAUUCCGUCAUAUACUACGUCGAAUAUGUAUGUUUAUAUAUGUACGAAUGUGUUAGGAAGGCAGCGGAGCGGUUAACAGUACAUUCGGCGGAGUUUCAAUGCACGAUUUUAGGCAUAAAUGCAGUGCGUUCGAGUUGAAGAAGAAGACGUUGUGCUCGUCGAUCUGGUUUCUAGAAUGAUAACGUUGUAUGGUGAUUUGGCUUAGGAGAGGGGUGCGGGAAAUCGGUGGUCUAACACAAGAAACAAAAUAAUGACUUCGACGGAUAACACUGAAGGAAGUAGCUGUUUUGCAUUAAAAACACAUAGACAUAUUGAAGAUAAAGGUUCUUUGCAACUUGUAUCUAACAGUUGUUUGUUAGUGAAGUCGGAUGACGAUGAAUAUACUGCGAAGAAUGCACAGCCAGUGAUCGAACCAACCUACCGUAUGCAGCCCAAGAAAAAACUAACUAGGUUUUUAAUGGAAGAACUUAUUAAUAGUGUUAUGGAAGAGAAUUUUGCUGAAGACGAAUGCUUUCUAAAGCAUGACUAUUCGGCUGCGGAUGCUGGAAAGUUCUGUACAUCUAUAACCACAUUGAUUAAGAAACACUUAAUUGACCUAGGAUAUGAGAGACACAAGUACGUGGUACAAGCUAUGUGUGUACCGUGCAUGGGUCAAGGGUUGGACCUAGCCAGUCGCAUGAUUUCGGACACACGUUGGGACGAGUACGCCGUCAAAGAAAUUACGCCAAACUCGAGCAUGAAAGUCUUCAUUCAUGUCUACAGCCUAUACGCAGAAUAAAAUGACGUCAUCAUAUUUUGUCGUUUCAAGAUGCAACUAACAAUACUGAAAAUAAACAUAUACUGUACAUUCUUUAAACAUAUUAUUUAUGUUUUUAAUAUAAUUUUAACUUCGAAACGCAACUAUGUAGAUAUAUAAAACACACUGAAUAAAUGUUUAACUGGAUUAUUGUAGACUCGAACACCUCCCAUUUUCUUAUGAUUGAUUCUUUCUGUAUUUAUUUUGUAAUGUUGGCCUUACAAAAUCAAUAUUAUUAAUUUCUUUUAGGCGGUCAUUUCUAAAACUAAAACAUGUUUCAAUAUACAGUAGGGCCUAUAUUGCAAGCAAUCUUAAUUCUUGUUUAUUUCUAAAUGUUUUAAAUAUGUGUAUAUAUUUUGAUUUUUAAUACUAGUGUAUUUAGGCCUAUCUCUAAGAUUAUUAUAUAGGACAGCUAAAUAAAAAAUGUAAUUCAUCCUCUAUUUCUCCAAUAUCACAAACUAAACGGAUUCUAUUUUCUCUAACAACUUUUAGAUGUCUUCUUUUCCUUAUAAAUAUAUUAUGUGUUGACCACAAACGGUAUCUCGAUAAGAGUGUCAUUAAUUUAUAUCGUAUAAGCAAUCUUCUGUAUCAUAAUCAUUUUUAAGUUUGCUAUAAAAACGUAAACGUGAGUUUUGUUGAGGAAUCCCUCGUCCAUAUUGUAUAGCAGUAUCGUAUACCCUUUGAGUGAAAAUGUAUAGGAAAUUAUCGUUUAUUUCAUUUAAA